AUGCAGGCCCGCGGCGUCCCAAUUGACCCGCCAGAGGACGGAGACGUCUCGCAGGAGGCUGGAGCCCAGGGCCGGCAGAUGGCCGCCGUGGCUCGCCGCUUACGCGGGAAGCAGCCGCGCCCUGCCCGGCCACCCGAGCCGUCGGACGAAGUGACUGGCACACGCACUCCGCCUCCUCGUGUGGACUGGACAGAGAUCGCCAAGAUUUGCGCAGACGAGCUCGAAGCGGUGGCCGGCCGCGGACGGCAGCUGCAGGGCAGGCCCUUUCUUGACGGCCACGCCACGGAGGUGCGAGAAGGCAAAGCACGCCUUCGUGCCCUGGCCGAGGCUCGCCAACGCGCGAUGGGCACUCCGGCUGAGCAGAGCUGCCGCGAGGAGCUGCGCACGGUCACACAGUCUUUCCGCCGUGACCGUCGGCGAUGGCGCCGGGCCUGGGUGUCCAGCGUGGUGACGGAGCUCAAUCACUCCAUGGCCGUCGGUGAUCUUCACAGGUUUUACCAAGGUCUACGAGAAUUGGGAGUGACAAUGGAUUCGGUGUCCCACGCGGGGAAAACGCUGCAUACCCCAGAGGAGCUGCGCACCCAUUUCAUGAAGAUUGGGGAGGCCGAGUCGGUCGUCAGCGAAGCUGUCCUUGCACGCCUGCCGCCGGAUUAUCCUACGCGUCACUCACUCGCCGAUCAGCCGUCGAAGCAGAAAAUUCGACGUGUCUGGGCAAAGAUGCGGGAGAGUGCGGCGGGACCAGAUGAAGUCACCAUCAACAUGCUGCGAAAAUCUGGCCCGCACCUUCAGACUCUUCUCUUCAAUGAGGUACAGCUCAUGUGGGGCAACCCGACAAUCCGGCACCAGGACGACUAUGACCACAUCGUUUUCGCCCUCCUCGACAUCAAGAAAACGUACCCCUCUGUGCCCCGGAACGGGGUCUGGCGGGUCUUAUCUCACUACGGUGUACCGCCGCUCGUGGUUCAACUGCUCGAACAUCUUUACAGUGAUACAGUCUAUCGGUGCCGGAAUGCCACCGGCAUCAGUGAUGAGUAUCAGUUGUAUCGUGGCCUCCGGGAAGGUUGCCCCUCCAGCUGCACGGUGUAUCUCUUAUAUCACAACGCUGUCCUUCAAGACUACUGCAGGGUGGUGGACGCAGAAGAUUCGGGCCCCACUGUCAAAUUUGCUACGAGACUGGGUGCACAGGGCCAGAAUGGGGAGCCGGUGAGCCUCGAGAACACGGGGGCUGCACAGUUUCGGCGUAUCGGGGAUCAGUGGCGCGAGCAGCUUGCUCGCCUUGCGUGCUUUGCGGACGACACUACCUUGAUAGAGCGCGAAUCGACGAUCCAGAAGCGACGCUUACUGGUGACCCGGGUUCUGGCAGACUGGAAAGAAAAGGUGCAUCCAGGCAAGUGGCAAUUACUCCGAGCCCGACAUCGAGACGAGACAACACCCUCGGUAACCCUGGAGGGCCAUGCGGGCCGCCGAUUGCGUGUGAAGCAACCGGCCGAAAAAUGGCAUGAGUUUGUGGAGCUGCUGGGGUCCUUCCUGCAGUGCGACGGCAACACGGAGAUGGACACCACGAAGCGCCUUGCAGCGGCGCGGAAGCUAUGGUAUAAGAUCAACCGCCAACUGCCCAGGCUCGGCCUGGAGCCGCGGGACAAGUGGCGAGUGGUGGAGGCGACAGUGGAGGCGACUCUGUUGUACGCUAAGGAGACACGACCGGUGGCAUCGAGGGACAUGGCGAUGUAUCAGAGCCUGAUGAACCGUGUGCUCCGGGGGGUCACUCUCUCUGAGAAGUACCGGAUCCGCGACAUGAAGGGCAAGGAGACUAUGGCCGAUCUCCGCGCCAAGGUUGGCGCCGUGACGGUGGAAACAGCGAUCGGCAAGCGGAAGUUGGGAUAUCUUGGCCAUCUCGCUAGAUACGACAAUGACAGGCUUGAGAAGUGCUUGGCGUUCGGGGAGCUCUGCGUGGAAGGCCCCAUGGACAAGGCCGUCGGCGGCAACCACAUGUCGUGGCGACGGCAGUGCAAUGAAUUGUUGGCUCAGCUGAUGCGCGUGGCUCCUUCAGACUGGCAGGAGCGCCAUUGGACCGAGCUGGCUCAGGACAAGGCGGUCUGGGCGUCCAGUGUACGCGCCUGGGUCAAGGCCUCUCGAGCCGCAGACACCCUGGAUCAGCAUCGGUGGAGGCACGCUGCCGAGCAGGACCGACUGGCGCAGCGACAGACCAUCAUGUCCGUCUUACACGGGGACGAAUGCCUCUGCCUAGAAUCCGUGAUGGACGCUGUGCUGCAGGCCGCUGCCAGCGCCGCGCCUGCGGCGGCGGCGGGCGGCGCCCAGGGCGCGAAGCCACAGGGCAAGGAGAAGGGCAAGGGCCAGGGCGGCAUGACGAGGCUCAUCGGGCGCAUGGUGCUGUCGCACGAGAGGCAGAUCGCGGAGCUCGCCGACAGGAGCACCGUGGCGCUGCUGCUCGAGACGGGGGGGCUGAAGGCCGCCAUCGCGGGGGAGCGUGCGAAGUGGCAGGAGGCGUACGCGGCGGUGGACAAGAAAGGCCCGCAUCCGUGCGGACACUCGCAGCGGGUUGUGGUGUGGGCCCGGUUCAUUCGGACCCUGAUCGACAGCGCCACGGAGACCACGAAAGCGGACAAGGCAGCGAUGGACGCGAUGGAGUACCGGAGCAAGCUGGACCCGGCCGUGGUGGCGAAGAGCGUCUUCAGGCUCAAGCCGAAGCACAAGACCUACCUGGAGGAGGAUGGUCGUGCGUGGGUGUGGUUUUUGGUCAUCGGGGUCGCGGCCCCCGUUGCCUUCCGGGACACGAUCUACGAGCUGACGCGUUUCGAGGUGAAGUACGACGGGCUCAGCGUCAGGCAGGGCAAGACGCAGGACGGCCCCUUGGCGAAGGAGCUGGCGGCGUGGCUCAAGGGCACGAAGGGCGGAAACCUGAUGGACGCCGAGGACGACGACUACGUGGACGGAGGCCGACCGAAGAGGGGCCGGCACGGCCAGCGCCGGUGA